GCGAUUUUUGGCAGCAUGCCCAGGAGUUAAGGACUUUUCGCGAACUUUUUAAAACUACUUUCUUGACGGACAAGGAUUGAAAGGGCUGGUGUAAACGGCGCUCGAAUUGCAAAAACCCUGGGAAUUAGGACCGUCUCAUAAUCCCAUAAAGGAAAUGGGUGCAUAACAUAUCAUGGAUCUCUCAGAGACAUUAAACAUCAACAUGUUCAAACUUGCCUCAGUCUUCCAUUUAAUUUUGGUGUGCAGAGGGGCUCUGUAUGCCAGACCUGGCACUCUCACUAAUGCUGCUGCAGGACAAACCGUGAUGUUCCCCAUAGAGUACCAAAGCAAUGAAGAUCAGUACGAUGUUACCUUUAAAUUAACAUUUCCACAACUCUUUAAAAUUUUAAUAUGGAAAUCCAAUAAUCCAGACAAUCUGCAUAUUGUACAUCCACAAUAUCAACACAGAGCUACAAUCAAAAAUGGAUCGGUGGUGUUAUAUGAUAUACAAGUCAGCGACAGUGGAGAGUAUCAAGUACGAACCGACUACUAUGGGGUAGAACUGAAAAACCAUGAUCAAAGUGCUUUCACGGUUCAAGUCUUUGAACCAGUUUCUCAACCUGCAGCAAAGACUUCAAGCCAUGGUCAGAAUGCACCAAAUAUCACUUUGAAUUGCUCCAUCUCCAAUGGAACGGCAGUCAUGAUUUACUGGGAAAAAAUAUCCUUAUCUGGAGUCAUCAUCGAGACGUAUACAAACACAAUUCUUGUGAUAGACUGUGCUACUGAAGACGAACAGCAUAAGUACAGGUGCAUUGCAAAAAAUCCCAUCAGUAAUGCAUCCAGCAGUGAGAUAUCGAUCAACUCGUGUAACACCAGAAAUCUGAACGAUAAAAGGAAUUACCUUACGAUCCUGAUUCCUUUGGUGAUGAUAGCAAUUUUGUUGCUUGCUUUUGCAAAAUACUUCAUGAUUCGAUGUCCGAAUGACCCGUCCUAACGCCUGAUGAUUGUCUCCAAGAAUUACCUGGAAAGACUCACAUUCCUGCACAAAAUUCAGCAGCCUUUACUGGAAUGCCACAGACCAUACUUGCGAAUGACAGCUCAUUUCUCUAUAGCAUCUUUGGCUUACCACAAGCAUGACCAACUGGUAGCUGAUCCAAGCAACGAAUUCCCAAGGCUUAAACCUGCAGGGAAAACCAGGACACCUCAUGACCACCUGAGUAUAGGUUGGAGAUGACAAGACCACCCACUCCACAAAAAGAACAUAAGAAAUUGUCUUGUUUGUGACGGCGGUCACCCAAACACUGCACUCCCGCCCUGCGAGUUCCAUUUCUGUGAGCAUCACUGCUAUAUACACGGCCUCCUUUGUAUCCAUUACAUAUCUGUGGAGGUGGCGCUGCACAGUAGAACAGUGCACCACCACUCCAGAGUCUGCUAAAUCUUCAUGAAGGUCUUUUGCAGUGAAACGGGGUUUUGAUUUGCCUUUCUAGCAAUCCUAUGAGCAGUUGUCUGAGAAAGUUUUCUUGGUCUUCCAGACCUCAACUUGACCUCCACUGUUCCUGUUAACAGCCAUUUCUUAAUUAUAUUAUGAACUGAGGAAACGGCUAAUUGAAAACGCUUUGCUAUCUUCUUAUAGCCUUCUUCCACUUUGUGAGCAUAAUUUAUUUUAAUUUUCAGAGUGCUAGGCAGCUUCUUAGAAGAGCCCAUGGAUGCUGAUUGUUGCGACAAGGUUUGAGGAGUCAGGAUAUUUAUAAAGCUUUGAAAUUUUCAUCACCUGGCCUUUCCUAAUGACGAGUGUGAACAGGCCAUAGCCCUAACAAGCUAAUUAAGGUCUGAGACCUUGGUAAAAGUUAUCUGAGAUCUCAAAUCUCUUGGGGUGCCCAAACUUUUGCAUGGUGCUCCUUUCCUUUUUUUCCACUCUAAAAUUGUACAAAACAAAAAUAAUACACUAAUCUUGCUUAAAAUAUUGAAAAGAAUGUUUCAUCUUUAACUUUAUGACUUUUGGAGAUCAGUUCAUCUUCUACUCACUUAACUAUUCACAGUAACAAAUUUUGACCGGGGUGCCCAAAUUUUGCAUGCCACUUUAGUAUGAAAUAGUACUUUUUACAAAGUAUUAACAUGAGCUACUGCUUUUAGUGAAUUGAUUUUUGUUAUGAAUAAUUGAUUAACUAUUUUUGUGUUAGGAGCUAUCUGUUAUGUAAUAAUACUUGAUCAAAACUGUCAGAUGUUGAUUUCAUAGGACAUUUGAGCAAGGGAAUUAUAAGCAGAAGGCUGCUUGGUCUCUUGAACCUACUUUGGUAUUGACUAACCUCCUGAACUGAUCCCAAUGCUGCACAAGGGUGGGAGUGGAACAGAGGACAUCUUGCAGUGAUGCUGAGUCUGUGUGGAAAUAACUGAUGUUUGCCACCAUUACUCACAGAGCCAACAGCCCCUCUGUGACUCCUAUAUAUGUGUUUGUGCAGAUAAUCUGUUCCACUGCUGAUUUGUGCUUAUGUCUGUUCCCAUAAAAUACAAAUCCCACUCUUAAUCUUCUCUUUGAGACCUG